GAGCACGAAAACAAAACAGAGCAGGCUAUUUCCGGUUAGGCUACAUUUCAAAGAUAAUGAAAGUGAAAGGGUGUUGUCUAACAUAGGCUAGAUAGGUUAACCUACACGACAUAUUGUUCUGCAGUCCCUAUACGUUUUCUUCAAGGUGCUGGAUGGCAGGAAGCUUGGCCCCAGUGAAGUACUGGGCCAUAUGCACUACCUUCUGUCGCGCCUUACGGUCAGAUGCCGAGCAGUUGCCAUACCAGGUGGUGAUGCAACCGGUCAGGAUGCUCUCGAUGGUGGGAAAGGGCAGUGUGGAGUGCAAUAGAGAUUGCAUCAUCUGUGGAUCUGUUUGGGCGGUAUGCAAAUUGGAUUUCUUGGAUAAUGGUGUUGUGAACCAUGACCAUCAUUUCAAAACACUUCAUGGCUACAGACGUGAGUGCUACGGCAUGGAUAAAUUGAGAAAGAUAAGGAUAGUUCUGACAGAAAUCUUGUCAGCGGACGCCAGUUACAUCCUUCAGCAUGUACACCAGGAGGACCUGGUGACGCCACGCGAAUACAGGAGCCUGCACAAUGUCAGUAAAUUACAUCCAGAAGAUUCCAUUGUCGAUCUGCUGGAUUCACUCCUAAUGAAAGGAGGAGAUGAGAAAUGCACUAGAUUCCUGACCCUGUUGCAGGAGCCAGUCAUCAGAUCAACCUACCCCAAACUGGAAGAAAUCAAACACAUCGACAUAGCUCCGGCACCCAGUAGCCCAGCACCCCCAGACGAUGUCCGAGCCUGUGCCUCCUCCACAGUCCACACCCGUCGCCCAACCACAUCAGGUUCAAACAUUCCAACUACUCCUGUGAAAAAGAAUAACCGGAGAAGUACCACUGCGUGUGGAACCAUCACAGACGUUUCUGAAGUGAAGAUGGGGCAGAUGGGGGGGAAAUACUACCAAGCUGUUCUAAACCAAGAGGAUGGGCCCAUGGUCAUUCUCAUUUUGGAUCUAGAGAAACGAAAUAACUUUCUAGGAGCAGAGAAGAGAAGGUCUUCUGUAAAGUUGAAGAGAAUCUCAUUCGAGAAACUUGGAAUUAACAAGUACCAAGAGGGGAUAAAGUUCACAAACAAAUCCGAAUUGACUUACACAAGAGUCAAAAACACUAAAAAGAUGGAACCCACUGCUGAUGAAAAAUAAUAAAAAAAAUGUUUUUAACUAGAAUGAAAUUUUAAGGGUGACCUACUGACCAGACCAGAGGCAAUUCAUUAACUACCUAGCCAACAUUAUGUAAAUACUCUACAAUGAUGAUACCAAUCACCAUAUCAAACCACUUGCCUAAUAAUGUGUAGCCCACUGCAGCUCAAAGAAAAUUGAGUAGUUACAGGUCAACUGUGUAUUAGCAUAUUGUUUGUGAAAUAAUUGUAACAACACAGAAUAACUAUUCCAACACAGUAGUAGCCUACUGUUUUUACAAAAUCACUAUUGCACUAGUGCUGAAUGCUCAUAGGCAGUUUUUGAAAAUGUAAUUUCUUCUCUUUACCACAAGAUGGUACCACAAGAUGGGUGUUGAAAGUUACAUUUAAUGGCUGAACCACUUCACCUGCUGUGGACACUGUUCAAUAUGUGUUUUACUGUAACACCAGUUGGUUCAGCAUUAAUCUAAUUUACCAUUCUGAGGUACUAUGAGAAGUUCGAAGUUUCUCUUUUUGUUAUGGAUCCUUUUUUUACGCGUCGUAUUUUCUCUACAUAAUGCACAUUUUUGUGAACAACAGACCAUAAAGUAAUAUCUCAUCUAAA